GCUGCGCCUUGGCACCUAACGAAAUGAAACAGAGAGACUGCUCAACGCUACAUGUUUCGACAUUUUUCAAAAAUAUAACAUUGCGAUAGUUUAAAACUGUUUUAUUAAAAUGAGUCAUUCAAACUCAAGCAAAGUUGGUGAAAUUUUUACUGCUGCUGGUGCUGCCUUCACAAAGUUAGGAGAAUUAACAAUGACUCUUCAUUCUGUUGGGGAACCAUCGCCAUCAAGUGGAAAGUGGACUUUACAAGAAAUGGACAUGCUAAAAACUGCUGUCAAAAGUUUUGGCUCUGAUUUGGAAAGAAUUAAUGAUACUAUCAAAAGCAAAGCCACCAUACAAGUUAAAGCUCCUCUCAAGAGAAAAAGCUUUGAUGAGCCCACCAUUGGCUUGAAAAAGCCGAUACCACCCACGGCCACAAUUAAGACAGUAUCCCAAGACAAAAUAAGAGCCUUAAAUGCAGUAAUUCAGUCAACACCAAAAUCAGCUGAUAUUACUUUGAACAUGUUGAAUGCAAUGGAGCCGGAGGUAGAUGUUGAAGGCCUAACGACAGCAGGAAAAUUGGAUUAUGACAGCCCAGAUGCCCCCUGAAUGUAACAAAUAAUUCAUUUUUGUAUAUAUCACACCAUGAAUUGUAAAUAGUCAUUUUUACAUCAAGUGCACAGCAAUAAAGUUUAAUGAA